AUGCGAUCGAGAAGUUAUUUGAUCUCAGACAAAAAAGGAAGAAGAAAAAUGGCGGAAGCAAUUGGAACAGUGAAACACAUAGUCAUCACAAAGUUCAAGGACGACAUCAGUCAAGAACGAAUCGAGGAACUCAUCAAGGGCUUUGCCAAUCUCGUCAAUCUCAUCCCAACCAUGAAGUCAUUCCACUGGGGCAGGGAUAUAAGUGUUGACAACAUGCAACAAGGUUUUACGCAUAUCUUUGAAUCAACCUUUGAUAGUUUGGAAGCCGUUGCAGAGUAUGUGGCUCAUCCUGCACAUGUUGAGUAUGCGAAUUUGCUUCUUCCUUGUUUGGAUAAAGGUGUUAUAGUUGACUAUAAGCCCACCUUUGUUAGCCUCUGA